UGCAUGCAAUCUGAUUGCUCGAUCCCGCGGGGAUAACUGAAUUAUACUCUUAAAUAAAGGUACAGCUUCCCCGCUCAGUCAUAUUAUACUAAAAACCGGAAGAAUAUGGUAAACAGCUUCUAUCACAUCUGGCUCAUGGGUUUUUCAUAAUAUGAUAUGAUUUUUGGAAAGAUCUCUAAUCGUCAACUGAAUAAAACAACCAGCACGCUGCACGACUUUAACGAAUUGCAGCAUAUAAAAAAACGAAUACCUAAUGUCUCCAUCCAAAGUGGAAGAUAUCUCGGCUUACGAAUAUCCCGAGGAGACCAAAGAAAGAUUGGAAUAUGCCGAGUUGGAAGCGCUCGAUAUAUCCAAACUGGACCAACCGGGUGGUAAGCAAGAACUGGCGGAGCAAGUGUUACGGUUUAUCAAUAAGAAUGGAUUCUUCUAUGUUGUUGGUCACGGGUUCUCGGACGAGGAAGUCAGACGGCAGUACGCACUGUGCGAGGCAUUCUUCGACCUGCCGCUAGCGGAAAAGACCAAGUUCCUAUGCGACACAGCCAAGGGGGACUUCCGCGGGUACAAGCCUCAGUCUACGGGGAAGCUCGCGACGCGGGACAACGACGAGCGCUACAACAUCCCCAAGUUCACGCCGGAGCACGAGCGGCCCCACCCGCCGCUCAUCCGGGACCACUGGGAGGAGAUCCGGGCGUUCUCGCUGAAGAUCCACAACGACGUCCUGCUGCCCCUCCUGCGCCUGUUCGCCUACGUCCUCGAGAUCGACGAGGACUACCUCGUCGAGCGCCACCGCUACCACGCCGAGGGCCUCGAGUAUCUGCGGUACAUGAAGUACCACCCGCGCGCGGCGGAGGCGGACGCCCGGGUCGGGAAUAUCUGGGCGAAGGGGCACACGGACUACAACACGCUGACGUUCCUGUUCCACCAGCCCGUCGCGGGCUUGCAGGUGCAGACUCCGGAGGGGGCGUGGAAGUACGUCAGGUCGCCGAGGGACGCGAUCAUCGUGAAUAUUGCGGACGCGCUGGAGUUUUUGAGCGGCGGGUACUUGAAGAGCACCGUGCACCGGGUCGUGCGGCCCCCCGAGGACCAGGCCGACCGUCCUCGGCUCAGCUUGAUUUACUUUGCAAGGCCGGAGGCCAACAUUCUCCUGAAGCCGGUGGCAAGCCCCUUGUUGCAGCGGCUGGGCUUACAGGCGGAAACGGAGCAAUUCUCCCAUGAUGUUACCGCUGAAGAAUGGGCAAGGGCGCGAAUCGCGAAAGACCAUAGGUUCCGCACGGGAUUGGUUGACCAGCGAGAGAAGGAGAUUGUUGCUGGUGUGCAUCAAAAAUACUACGAUUAAAGGCGUCCUUCGUACUUGCUACCCUACCAUCAUAGCUCAAGUCCUACAAUAUUAUGUACCUAGGUAGGUAGGUAGGUACUUUAGGUACCUUUUGUUAAAGCGAAGCGCUGGGUUUAUUACCUAGACGUGCGUGCUUGGAGGGAGAUCCCCGUCGCAUAUAUCUACACGAGCGUA